GUCACCGUUCACGAAUCGAAAUGAGUCGGCCAUCUUGAUAUGUGUUGCCCUCGUACUCUCGCAUUUUCGUUCAUUUCCUUCGAGAGAACAAGAUCAUUUUGGUCAGUAUGACAUCUGUGUGAAGGGUAAAGACGCGUUCUCCCUCGUAUGCAGUUUGAAGUGGCUAGAAUAAGAGUUAUAUGAAUAUUUAAUCUGAGGGAAAAUCAGGUGUGUCUCCAUGAGAAGGAGGGGUUAGGCGUGUGGAUUUUGGGUGUUUUCUGCAAGAAUUUCGACAGCAAGGAUCAAGGUGAUUCAUUUAUCUCCAUCACAUUAUGGAUGGUGUAUCAAGUAGUGUGUGAACCAUCCUCAAAGUAUCUGUGGUGCAUCCAAGUGUCAUGGCCCCUGGAUGGUAGCCCAAGCCUUUAGACCCCACAGUUCCUCUGGCGCAGACUGAGCCGACCCGCCACACUCUAGUGCCACCCUCAGCACGCACCAAAAUUGCGCCAUGUCGGCAAGCGUGCGCACCACUCUUCAAACGGUGCCUGAGGCCUUGCCAGCUGACCAUGUCACCAAGUCGAAGGUAAGGUCACGAAGUAAUGGAGGCAGACAACAAGGGGUGAGUGACAGCAAGGCGUCGAGCAAGGCCACCGAGAAGGGGCAUCGAGUUAGGGGUGAAGAUGGCGUGGGUGGCAUGUCGAGCACGGGGGGCGGCGGGGGUAGCGGGUCGUCGUCGUCAUCAGUGCGGGGCUCCUCCUCCCGCUCCAGGACGGAGGAGAUCGGCAAAUACCGCCUCCUCAAGACCAUCGGCAAGGGCAACUUCGCCAAGGUCAAACUCGCCAAACACGUUCCCACCGGCAAGGAGGUGGCCAUAAAAAUCAUAGACAAGACUCAAUUAAAUCCUGGAUCAUUACAAAAACUGUUCCGAGAGGUGCGAAUCAUGAAAAUACUAGAUCAUCCAAACAUCGUCAAACUCUUCCAAGUAAUAGAAACAGAUAAGACGUUGUACCUGGUAAUGGAAUAUGCUAGCGGUGGUGAGGUAUUUGAUUACUUGGUCUUCCAUGGCAGAAUGAAGGAGAAGGAGGCGAGAGCAAAAUUUAGACAGAUUGUGUCUGCUGUACAGUACUGCCACCAAAAGAAGAUUAUCCACAGAGAUUUAAAAGCAGAGAAUUUACUAUUAGAUUCUGAAAUGGUGAUCAAAAUAGCAGAUUUUGGCUUUAGUAAUGAGUUUACUCCAGGGAAUAAAUUGGACACGUUCUGUGGUAGUCCACCAUAUGCAGCCCCCGAGCUGUUUCAAGGCAAAAAGUAUGAUGGACCAGAAGUAGAUGUUUGGUCUUUGGGUGUAAUUCUCUAUACCUUAGUCUCUGGCUCACUACCCUUCGAUGGAUCUAACUUAAAAGAACUUCGAGAACGGGUACUAAGGGGGAAGUAUCGUAUACCCUUCUACAUGUCUACUGACUGUGAGAAUCUGCUCAAGAAGUUCCUGGUGCUUAACCCAGCACGUAGGGCAUCACUAGAGACAAUAAUGAAAGAUAGAUGGAUGAAUAUUGGAUACGAAGAUGAUGAACUUAAACCAUAUGUCGAACCUGUGAUGGACUAUGAUGACCUAAAACGAAUCGAGAUCCUCAAUGAAAUGGGAUACUCUCGGACGGAAAUUGAGGAGAGUUUGAAAAGUCAGAAAUAUGAUGAUGUAUAUGCUACCUACUUGCUUUUGGGCCGAAGAUCUUCUGAUCUUGAGAGUGAUGGCUCUCGGUCAGGAAGUUCACUUUCUUUGCGCAACACCAGUUUAACGCCCAGAGGCCAAGAGUCUAGUGGAGCUGCCCAGUCCCCCUCCCACUCCCAUCGGGGAGUUCACCGCUCAGUCUCCGCCACCAACUCCAAGCCCUCUCGCAGAGCAUCCUCCGGUGGGGAGACCAUUCGUGGCGGAGGCACAACUCCAGUUUCUACUAAUGCACACAACCAUGCGGGCACCAACAACUUCCGACGCCAGAACACAGUUGAUUCUGCAACAAUCAAGGAGAACACUGCUCGGCUGGCACAGGGAGGGGUGCCCACCACCUCAGCCUCUCGUUCAGCAGCUCUCAAGAACCAAAAUAUUACAGCUCUUGAUCCCACUGGGGCACCUGGCAAGCCUGGAGGAGCAGGUGGAGCGACAAGUCCUGGUGUAGGAAAGUCCCGUGUUCAGAAGAGUAACACCAUGACCACUAGAAUUGGUGGUUCAGGAAGGCGCUCAACUUACUCCUACGAUGCCAAUAAGGCAUCAUCAACGGAAAAGACAAACAUAACAAACGUUCCAGAUUCUGCCAGGGGCUCACAGGGAGAGAGUAACGUGUGUAAUGAAGCCAUUGUCCACACGGUUCAGGAUGGUGUGGCUGCGGUACCACUCCUCCCUGGGGCCCCUCCCUCAUGUGUGGUGGGGGCCCCGGUGGACAGCCUGUCCCAUGGCCACCCCUCGGCAGCCACUAACUCUCGACCUGCAAAAGGUCAUUUCAAGUCAGCGUCCAUUUCUGCGGGCACGGGUGCUGGUCCAGGUCGAGUGGAUCUCUCGCCCCUAGACCACCCCCUAGAUCCUUUACGGUCAAGCUCGUCGAACAAAACGCCUGUAUCGCCUGUAUCAACCAAUCGCAAUCCCUUCCCCCGAAACCACACCAGUCGAUCAACGUUCCACAGCGGACAGAACCGGCGAAAUAACAACACAUAUGGAGGAGUAGGUGCCCCACUCACCACGCAGGACACCAGUGCUCUUUCCUCCACCAGUAGGACCAGUUUCUUCUCUAAAUUAUCAUCUAAAUUUUCAAAACGCCCCCUGGAAACACCACCUAGGCAAGCCGCUAGUGUUUUCAGCAAGGAUGGGAGAGUGGAAGCAGAGUUGGCUGAAAGGAUGACAAAGUGCAGUAUCACUGAGGAGCUCACAAAAAGCCCAUCCGUGAAUAAUGAUGAGCAGGUCAAGCCUCGGUCUUUGCGCUUUACGUGGAGCAUGAAAACGACAUCUUCACGUGACCCCAAUGACAUCAUGGCCGAGAUUCGCAAGGUAUUAGAUGCAAACAACUGUGAUUAUGAGCAGCGAGAAAAGUUCUUGCUACUUUGUGUCCACGGGGACCCUAAUACGGACUCCUUAGUACAAUGGGAGAUUGAGGUUUGUAAACUGCCUAGACUUAGCUUGAAUGGUGUUCGGUUCAAGAGGAUAUCAGGAACUUCUAUUGGAUUUAAGAAUAUUGCCAGCAAGAUUGCAAAUGAAUUAAAACUGUGACUACAAGGGGAAUUUGAACUAGGAGAUUCUCUUGUAGAAGUACCAGUAGGGCAUAACACAGCUUGAUGUUAUAGCCCUUACUUCAGGUCAAAAAAUUAGGGGUGCCUGACCAGUGAUGUGUCUGGGUCACACGAUUUUGUAAAAAGAUUCAGGGAGUCAAAACAUAUUCCGAAACGUGCCUAACAGCCAUCAAAUUUGCAUAUGUGUAAAAUGUUGUUAUAGAAAGCUAAUAAGUUUGGAAAAACUUUUCAAGAGAGAUAUGCUGGCACCAAACAAGUUUUCGGAGGUGUUUUUAACAUGCAUUUUCGUGUUCUGACCUGGACUUUAGUAUCAGGCCCCCUUGCAGCUCACCUGAAACUUCUUAAUUAACAAGCUCACUCCCGGAAGCACUCAUUCUUGAGUUGCUCGGGCCUCUCCUGAAGCACCUUCGGCUUGUUGGCUUCCUAUCCUCACUCUCCAAAGCAUACCAUGGACCCCUCUCGCUGCUCGAAAUCCAGUUGCCUUUCAGGAAUUAAUGAUGGCCACAGUACUAUUGUUUAUAUUCAUGGACAAAAGCUGUCUUAGACUCUCCUGACCAGUGAAAGACUUGGUAUCAAUGCAUCUAUUAUUUCUCUAGCAUCAUCAAGAGUGGAUUGUUGGUACCAUUACAUAGUGUGAUAUCUCAAAGAAAAGACUAUGAUUGUGGAAGAUAUGUGAAUGAACUUGAACAAAGUGUCUUAGUACUUACCCCCUUCCACCAGCACUGGCCAGAGUAGUGCGGUUGUGUAGAUGACGUGUGGUGGGAGUGUCAACAGAGCUUCACAAAAAAAAAAAAAACUCGCGUGAACUUUUAGAAGAGUGAGGCAAAUCCCCACCAUAUCAUAUCUCCAUAUAUGUGAGCCACACGUCAUGUGUAACAGUAUCAUCCUUACGUGUUGCACUCACCAGCUAACCAGAAGAAUUGUUCCAAAGGAACAAUUAACCUUGUUUUCUUUUGUAAAUAUUUUGGCUAUAGGAAUGCAAAAUUACAGUUGCCCAGUUUUGUUAUGUAUUACCUAUAGGAUGAAUGAGGUGAUUUGAAUAUUGAUAUGUACAGUAUUGUAAAGAUUUGGUCACAUAGCUGACUGAGAACAUAACCCCAAUCCUGGUUAAAAAAUAGUGUGCAACGUGUAGCAUGAGCAGAGCUUGACUCCCAGUUGCCCCAUGCCCUUGUGUAGAAACCAAAGACUGGGACUUCACUUCUGUUGUGCCUGGGUUAUAAAUAUUGAGGAGUAGUGCGUUGCAGUCUGCAAGUGUGAGCCAACUGUCAAAGAUGGUUUUUUCUGCCAUAUGCCCCACCUAGCCUUGUUGUAUAUUUACCUGCCCGUUGUACAUGAUGUAGUCUUCUGAUUGGUAAUCCGUCAGUACCACUAUGAUUCUUUUUUAUUAUUUUUAUUUUCUAUUUUAUUAUUAUUAUUAUUAUUAUUAUUAUUAUUUUCAUCAUGCCUAGCUACUAUGACCUACCCACUCUCCCACACUGUUCGCCUCCCGUCCCUACCUGACCUCACAUCACUAUCCACCGAGGACCCAUCCCUCCCCUAUGUGUUCUACCACCUUUCUCUUGUAUCUCCCCAUAGUGCCCACCUGUUAUGGGGCUGAGGCUUUUGCUUCAUACCCACUUAAUGCUUUUAUUUUAAUUCUCAUCCAUUGUGUAGAUAUAUUCCCUUGCAUUGUCAUUGUCAUUUUAUUUUGAAAUUAUUGUAAUCAUUGUUCAUCUUGGUUAGACAUACUAGUGGUGGCAGUUAGGUAAUUAAUUUUUUAUUUAUGCAUUUUUUAUAUAAUUUUCUUUUAUUACUUCCUGGGUAUAUAAUCAUGUAAAUUUAUAGUUGCUAAUAUUUAAUAAAAAUAUGAAAUGAUAAUGUAUGGACCAUAUAGAGAGAGUCUUUCUAUACACAACCUUGGGUUUUAACUAUAUUUCUCUAAUUUUCAUUGCGGAACUUGGGAAGUAUUUUCCAGCCCCAACAUUUUUAUCACAGGUAAUCAUGAUCAUUAGAACCCUGUAGGGGUAUUUGUAUUGCACAGACCAAAAUCAAAUUAAAAUGAGUUUUUGUAAUUUAAACUCUGGGAUUUUGUUGUUACACAACACUGAUUUAUUUUAAAAGGGUCCUAGUCCCACCAUUGUAACUUGAGUGGCGAAAAGACAACCUUACCUUGUUUGAUUAAAAGUUUUAACAAAGUUUAUUUAAUAAUGCUGCUGCAUAUGUUCAUUCCUGUAACUACCUGUGUACAUACUCAACCAGUAGCCCUUGAAAUACAGUGACAAUUCACAUUA